GCGUCCGUUAUUUCCGUCCCGUCGCCGGUGUCGCUCUGUUUACCGGUGACAAUUGCGCCAUCACUCUAACCGUGUCGUCUUUAAACGCGAAACCUCCAACUCUUGAAGCGUCGUCGUUUCAAGCAUCGAACAAUGGGAGCUUUGAAAUUGAACCUUCAUUGUGGUUCGCAAAGAGUGGAUGGCAUUGCCGCUGAUCCCGAACCUGAUUGGAGCUUCGAUGCUCUCGUUUCAGAGCUCAACGCUUUGGAGACGAAGCUCGCUUCUACCUCUUCUGUUGAACCUUCACAUUUCGCUAAAACGAUGUCUCGGAAUGAAGUUGAGAGAAGUAGAGGUUUCAUAUUGCGUGCGCAUGAGUAUGAGAUGGAGGACACUGAGAGCGAUGAUGAUGAUGACGACGACGAUAAAGCUUUAGUGGUAGAUAGCUAUGGCAAACGGUUUACUUGUGAUGAACUUUAUCUGAGUGACAGUGAUGAUUCUGACAUUGUCUCUGGUUUUGAAGUGCAACCCUACUUGAUGGAUGAGGCAGGAGAAUUAGAAGGUGCCUUGUUUGAGUUGACUCAAGAACAUCAUCUUAGGGUUAAGGAUGAAAUUAGGAAUAAGAUCUCAGCUUUGGAAACAGCUCUGAUGAAUGAAAGCCAGAACUCUACUUCUUCCCUUCUUCUAGUUGAGAAAUAUAAAGAAACAAGGCAGGAAUUGGAUAAAAAGUUUGACACUCAAUAUCAGCGUCGAAUUGCAGAAGCACUUGAUAAUCACUUGACAGCUGUUCAACAGGACCGUGAACUCAGAUCACAAAUAGAAGAGAGGAAAAUUAGAAGUGAUGCAGCCUAUGAAGAAGCCAAGAGAAAGGUUGCUUUUGAAAAACAGCAGCAAGAAAAGGCUAAAGCUGAAGCUGAGGCCAAACUUAGAGCUGAGGAAGCAAAGCGAGUGGCAUUAGAAGCUGAGAGAAAAGCAGAAAUGGAAGUCAAAAGAAAAGCAGCAAUGGAAGCUGAAAAAAGAGCGGCAGCAGAAGCUGAAAGAAGAGCAGAAAAGGAAGCAGUAGAAAGGGAUGUUCCUGAAACUUCCAAAAGGGUUACUGCUGGAGCAACCCAACAAGGAGCUGCUGGGCAUCCAACAGAUACAGCAUCUAGCCUAGCAAAUGCCAACACCAAGGAAUCUGGUAAUGUAUAUCGAGCAGCAGGAAAUGCUUUAAAUCUAGAGCAUGAAAGACUGCAGAAACUGAAAGAGCUAUACGAGAGAAACAAGGCAACAAGAUCAAGUUAUAAUAAGGAUUAUACUCGCCAUGAGGGUCAUAUUUCCCGUAAUAUAAGGCAAAUCAGGGGCAUCAGAGACAAUGUUAGGUCAAAAGCAACUGAACUCAUUAAACUUUUGAAUGAUCCUCAUUGUCCUCAAUCAAUCAGCGUUGAGAUAUUUGCUAAAAAGGUUGUUUCAUACUGUGAAAACCCUGGUAAUGCCCCCUUUGCAAGUGCCUAUGUCAUUGUUCUCGUUACAUCUCAGUUCCCGUACGCAAUGGAUAUUUUGCUAGCCGAGCUUCACAUGGCCUGCCUAUAUACUGUUCCAAAGCACUUGGUUUACAAGAAGUCCACCUUUCCAUCUAAAGAAGCAUACUUCAGAAGUAUUGGUUAUCGAGAAGAUGAAAAGAUGGAAAGUACAGAAGAUUAUUUAAAGCGGUUAGAAUCAUACAUGAAGGUGUAUGGUGCACUGGUUCAGACUGAAAUUCCAAACGUUCAAAAUUUGCAUGGCUUGCAAGAAGGUUGGGCAUGGCUUGCAAGGUUCUUGAACACGCUCCCAGCUAAUCAAUAUACUGCUGUUUCGCUCAACGCUUUCUUGCAAAUGGCUGGAUUUGGUCUCUUUAAAAGAUAUAAAUCUCAAUUCUUAAAGAUGUUGAACAUCGUCUCUGAGAACUUUUUGGUUGACCUGAAAUCACGGAAUAUACCAGAAUUGACAAGGACUGUUACAGAGAUACAGACUUACAUAGAAGAUAAGAAGUACCUUCAAGAGCCAGAAGGAAGGAGCCUGCAGUCUAAUUUGUUAUCAAGUGUAUAUGUUAAUUAUUGAAGGUUGAAAAGAUUAUUUUUUUGCAGAAGAAAGCUUAGGGAGACAUGCGAUUGUUUUUAUUUUAAGGCCAGGCAUUUCACAAGCCUCACCAAAGUGUUACACUCACCAGUUUAGCAAACUUUCAUGUAUUUUACCAAUACAAGAAAAUAACAUGAAACAAAUCCCUUUUCCC